AUGCCCUGUGUCGACCUCCACAGCAAGGCAGACUACGCUUCCAUCUACUACACCACCAACUCACCACACUCCAAUGUUGGUGGUUUCGAUCCGGAGAAGCCUACCAUUGUCAUUCUCCAUCCCAUCUUUCUAGAUUCCACAUGGCUGGACCUCCAAUUGGGCGACUCGCGCCUCAACAAGCACUACAAUAUCAUUGCCUUCGAUAUGCGGUGUUCUGGCAAGUCGCACUGUCGUCCAAGCGGUCGUCAUGAUAGUUGGGUGGAUUGUGCAGACCUGGCCUUUUGUUUUCAGAAAUUACACCUCCCACCCAGCCAUAUCCUCGCUCUUGAGGGGUCGUCAAUCUACUGUGCGCUUAGACUUGCCCUGCUUUUUCCCGAAAUGUGCCUCAGCUUGACGCUUGUGAACGUCCCUGCACCGGUGGAGUUGAAAUGGAUAUACAAGAAUCUAGACGAACUUGUUCACGGAGCGUGCUUUGCGGAGGAUCUUUAUUCGUUCGAGCAGUCUGCCUACGAUUGCCUGGAAUUCUUAUUUGGCCCAGCUUCUGACCGGGAUCUAAUCGAUGAGCUCAUCGCAUUUUGGGAGCUAAGCUUACCGCCUCGAAAACGUGCUCGUCUGGCAGAAACAACUAGCGUGUAUAUCAAUCGUUCCCCGUUAAGCCCGGACGCGUACGCGAUGAUCACCCAGCCUGUUCUCAUCAUCCAGGGUGAAAAGAACGAACUAUGUCCACUGAAGUAUGCCGAGAAACUUGUCUCGCAACUGACAGGUGUCAAAGAUGGAGCCAUUCUGUACACGGUCCGAGGUGGUACAUCAAUGCUCUCUGUCGUUCCUGGACACGCGUCCAUCGUAAACAGAGCUUUCGCCAACUUUUUGGCUCGACUACCUCAUCGUCGCUCAGACAUUGUCCCUCCCGAACUGCCAAUCAAGGAGCGGAUGCGGAUGGCUCUGAAAAAGCUGUCCGAGAUAACGGGAAACCCCCAAAUUGCAUCGUUGGAUCCGUCAUGUUCUAUCUCAUUUUCGCUAUUAUCUCCGGAAGUCGUCAAGAGUCAAACUGAGCUUGUUCGCCACUACCAAAAGGACGCAGACAUUGCGUUUUCUCCGAUGACCUUGGACGGCAAGCCGCUAAGAAAGUACUCCGAAAGAGAAAGGGUAGAGUGGUCACAUAUAGAGACUGGCAGUACAGCAAUUGUACCCCCAGAACGUGGCAAGGAGUCUGAACGUGUUUCCAAAUCGUCGUCACGGUCGGAUUCUCAACAUAACCCCGGCGACAGCCCCCUCAUGAAGACGGCUUUCUCGCCGACAUCCUCAGAAAUACAUAUACUCAAAGAGAUUAAGGUCGCUAACAUCACGCCAUUACAACGACUCAUGACGUAG